AUGUCGACUGCAAGACGGACGCCCCUGUCCAGCAAUCCCAAUGUCGCCAACUCACCUCUGAGGGCCCCAGGUGCCGCCACCCUCGGCCAGACCAAGCCCAAGCGUUCCUAUGCCAACCUGCAGCGGGAGGAGGCCUAUGGCCAGCCUCCGCCGCUGAAGAAGCAGAUGCUUGAGAAUGGCCUCCAGCGCCAGCUUCGCUCACCGUCGAAGGGUCACAGGAGCGCUUUGCCCCAACGUUCUGUCCGCCUGUCCACCAAGGAGAGGACCGCUCAGCAACAGGAGCAGACCCAGCAGGAUAACAGUGUCGAAAAGAUCCGACAGUGGCAGAAGGAGUACCAGGCGAGGUUCCCCAAGAUGGUGUUCUACUUCGAGAGCAUCUCCGAGGAUCUCCGCUACAAGCUGUCCAAGCAGGCUGUCAGCCUGGGAGCUCGUGAGGAACGAUUCUUCUCUAACAACAUCACCCACGUCGUGACCACCCGCCCCAUUCCCACCGAGGACGAGGUUCAUGCCUCGCACCACGAGCAGCAUGCUCAUGAGGAGCAGCCGCAGACGAUCAACCCUUCCCUGCUCAAUCGAUCUACCGACACCCGGCGGCGUCUAUUCGAUACCGGCACCAAGAGGACACACGCUCAAUUGCAGGAUGACAGCCUCCGCCGGCCCAAGCCCAUGCGAAACAAUGACAUUCUGCACAAGGCCCGCGAUAUGGGCAAGAAGAUCUGGCCCUUGGAGAAAUUUCAGAGGAUGCUCGAGAUCCUUCUGCAGCCUGACCCUCAUGCUGCCGUGGCCAUCGCGCACGCCGGCAAAGACGAUGCUGGUCGGCACGGCUUAGGGAGCAAGAAGGCGGCCGAAGAGCCCAACCUGUCCCAGCUCCUGCAGCGGGAGCGACUCAACGGACCUUCUGACCGAGACCCAACCGUCGCCAGCCGUGAGCUAAUCCAGUUCAGAGGACCUUACAUUUAUGUUUAUGACAUGGACGAGAAGCAAAAACCCAUCAUGGUGCGCGAGUAUCCGAGGGCCAGCAAGUAUGAGGGAGAGUGGCCGCAGUUCCGAACCGUCACCGACGGACGAUGCCCCUUCGUGGAGGAAGUCGACCCCGUCGACCGUGCAGCGAGAAGGUCUCGGGCCGAAGAGAAGGAGAGGGCCGCCAGGCGCGUCCUCGAAGCUCGCCCCAGCCUACAGCCUCCUGAGGCGCAGGCGCCGAAAGCCGUUAUUGGCAAGCGAACUCUGGCUGAGAUGCAGAAUGGUCAGGAGCAGGUUCGCGCCACCUCUGUGAACCCCGCCGACGUCUUCAAGGCGCCCAAGACGAUCGAGUCCAAGCCGUCCGACUUUGGUUUUGUCAGCCGAGCGCCUGCCGGCCGCUUCCUUGCCGGGGAGCCUGUCGCGUCAGGUGUCCAGCCGUCCAAUGUCACUUCUGCCAUUCGUUCUCAGAUGAUUUCAUCAGCCACCGGUACCGGCGCCGCCAAGGCGGGCACGAGCAAGGAGAUUCAUGGACUUCAGCGCAAGGUUCUCCAGAGAGGCACAUCCUAUUCGCAAGACCCCAGCUCUCGGCGACCCGACCUCAGUGUCGAUGUCGCAUCUAGCAGAUCCGGGAGCACUGUACGGGCCACUAGUCGACGCCUGGAACUGAUCGAGGAGGACGCCAAUAAGGGCGAGAUGAGGCAGACGCGGGCUAGCACCAAGGCGCAGUCAGCGCCUGCCCAGAAGAGCAAACGGGAUCUCAAGCCUGGCUAUUGUGAGAACUGUCAGGACAAAUUCAAGGACUUCGAUGAGCACAUCCUUUCUCGCAAGCACCGCAAAUUCGCCGAAAACCUCGACAACUGGGGCGAGCUUGAUGAGCUUCUGGGGAAGCUUGAACGACAACGCUGUAAACCUCGCUCACAAUUCUACAGCGAGUGGCAAGCUGCACUCUGA